UACGGCGGCGGGAAGAGGGGAAUUAAGUAUGGGGGCUCGGAGUAACACCCAAACCUCGGUGAGGAUGGAUCAGGCUGCUCCCUCGCAUGCUUCAAUGGGGUCUGUGACCCUAGAGAAACCGAUCUCGCACCAGGUGAAAGGGUUAGGACGGUCACCAAAUCGUCGCGGCAGCUCGAGGGGUUUUGUCCUUAACCGCCAGCCCAAACUCAGACUUGGGAAUGGUCGGCAGAAGCACCUGGGGAGCAAGAAGGCUGAGGCUAUAGUUGAUCCCCCUGACGUCGAUGCGGUGGCCCAUCCUCAGCAACUUUCAAUAGUGCGGAAGGGCUCGGCUCUGAAUCCGAGCGGUGACCAGUCCGCCAUGAUCCAAGAGGAGUCGCGGCGGCGUCGACUUAUCCUCGAAGAGGACUCUGAUGAUGAUAUGGUGGAUGCGCCUCAGAAGAAGGUUGCUCAUGCGUCGUUGCCCAGGAAGGAGGGAUCCUCGGUGGAUCCUGCAAAUCUUAUUAUUCCUAAGGCGGCGGAGGUUGAUAAACCGGCGAAGAGGAAGCCUCGACGCGCGAAAGCUCAGUCGCUGAACAAGGCGGUCGAGGAAGCUGCUCCCCUAGCUGAGUCGGCUGCAGUUGAGGGCCUGGUGAGCUCCCAGCCAGCGGCCUCGCAUGGCAAUCGGAAAUUGAGAAAAGCUAAAUACCCUAUGGCGGAUAAUUCGCAAGUGCUUGGGCCUCUCCGCGGGUAGGGGUGCAAUUAGCGAACCAUGCUAGCGGUGCUCUGGCGAUGAGUGAUCCUGGAAACUCCUACCCCUCUAUCUUGAAGGAUGACAUGGGGACGCCUAAAUUGGCAGAUAUUGGAUCGGAGGGCCCAUUGUAUGGGGAUGAACCCCAGCGCUUUGUGAUCAAAAAGAGAAUCCCGUCGGCUGCAUCCUAAAAGACUUUCCAUCCCUCCAAUGGUCGGGUUAGCCAAGUGGUGGCAACGUUCGAGGUGGAUAUUACUAUUGCUGAUGAGGUGGUGGAGCCGUCCAUGGUUGGAGGCAUAGGCGUUGUAGCUGAUACUGCCAUACUGGGAGUAGCAGCCUUGCCGGGUUGGAUGUUGGGAUGCUUGAAUACAGAUCCAAUAUGCUC